CUCAGGCCACGUUUGACUUGAAUGGACUUGAAAUUACCAUGAAGCUGCCAUGACACCAUUUUGCCAUUGCUGAAAGAGCUCAAAUACAAACAGGCUUUGAAUGAUGGAAGCCUCAGAUCAGAAGGCCAUAACAGCACACUUGCAGCAGCUAUAUGCCGAUUAUCGCCACACAGCGAACAUUGAAGCAAAAGCCCACUUCUUUUCCCCGGCUUGUCGUCAGAUUUGUCGACCUAGACCGGGUUUCGCAGCCAGAGAAAGAGAAACAAUAAUGAGAUACCUUCGGGAGGCUUCUGGGGAAGGCAAGGCUAGAAUACAGCAAUUUAUCGAAGACACGGACACUCCGUUUCCUACCAGUGGCCCGGCAAAGAAGACUGCCACUGAUGAGGGCACCCAGCAUAAGAGCUUUUACACAAUUCGGCCGCUCACGGAAGGUGAAGAGGAAUUUGGAAACGAUGAAAGCGCCAUACUUGCAGGGUUCGACUCGGCGUCCAGCAUCAAGCUCCUCGCAGAAAAUGAAGGAUGGGUCGGCAUGAGGGUUGAUCUUUGGGAUGAUGAAGGAACUGGCAGUGAAGGAGAGGCGCUGGGUAUUUUGGUGAAGGUGCAGUACUGGUGGAAAGAAGGCCUACCGGGCGAGUGGUCGCAGAUACUGCAUGACAUUAUGUAUCUUGGGUCCCGAGAUGGGACUGAGGGGACUCAGGGACAAAUCCGGGAAUGAGAAAGCCACCAUUCUUCCAAGGCGACAUGGUGUGGCCAGGAACGACAGCACGCUUUGAUGCUGACUGGUCCGGGACCAAGCAAGUCCGCUCCUUUCCUUCUGCUCCAGUCGGGAAUGCGUGCGAUGCUUUUCGUUGAUCCGGAUUAAAAUCAGACACCAAUACAACU